AUGAAUUUCCUCAAAAGUGGCCUACAGACCGUGCUCGGGUCACAACAGUCAAGCCAGGCGCCCACGGGUGCAGAAACGGUGGAGCUGCUGGUGGAACGUGUAACAACUUCCACGCUGCUGGAUGAUCGGCGUGACGCUUGCAGAGCGCUGAAGGCGCUUUCCAAAAAGUAUCGCAUAGAAGUGGGCAUCGGAAUGAACGCAAUGCUGCAGGUGUUGGAAACAGAUCGGACGGAUUGUGAGAUUAUCGGCUACUGCUUGGACAUUCUGUGCCAUGUUACGUCCCCGGAACAGUUCGAAGAGGAAGAGGACAAUCCGAACGUGACGUCAAACAUUGGCGAACAGUUUACGGAGAUAUUCAUCAAGAACCCGGACAACGUGUGUUUGGUUCUGAGUUGCCUGGAAGAGUACGAUUUUCGCGUGCGCUGGGCUGCGAUCAAAUUGCUGACCAAUCUGUUGGCCAACCGGCCGAAGGAAAUCCAGGAGAUUAUUCUCGUCAGCCCGAUGGGCGUAUCGAAGAUGAUGGAUCUGCUCAUCGACAGUCGAGAAGUUAUCCGGAACGAUGCGCUUCUGUUGAUGAUCCAACUGACCAAAGGCAACGGUAAUAUACAGAAGAUUGUUGCCUUUGAAAAUGCCUUUGAUCGGUUGCUGGAUGUCAUUAAGGAGGAAGGAUGCUCUGAUGGUGGAAUCGUCGUGGAAGACUGUCUAAUUCUGAUGCUUAACUUGCUGAAAAACAACCCAAGCAAUCAGCAGUUUUUCAAAGAAGGCUCCUACAUUCAACGAUUGGCACCCAUGUUGGACCUUUCUCCGGAGCAGGAUCAAACGGGCAUGAGUCCGCAGAAGGUGUCGAAUCUUCACUGCAUGUUGCAGGUGGUACGUGCCCUAGUUUGUCCCAGCAAUCCUCAGCAGGUGAUUUGCUCAUGCCAGAAAGCGAUCCGUAGUUCCGGUUUGCUUUCAGCGAUCUGCAACAUCAUAAUGACGAGUGGAGUACCGCCGGAUCUGCUCAUCGAAACGAUCAAUACGAUCGCCGAAGUGAUCCGAGGCGACGGACAGAAUCAGGAUUAUUUCAACUCCGUCAUCGCACCCUGCGAUCCUCCCUUGUCGGCUAUCGUGCUACUGUUGAUGUCCAUGAUUAACGAUAAGCAACCACUUUCGUUACGCUGUGCCGUACUCUACUGCUUCCAGAGUUACCUCUACCGCAACGAAAGCGGUCAGAGCUCGCUCGUUAAGACGUUGUUGCAAUCUUCCGAACAGACGACGGCCAUCACAAGCGGCCAACUGCUCUGCCGUAGCCUGUUCAGUACCGAUCCGCUUUCGAACUGGUUCGCAGCUGUCUCGUUGAGCCAUGCGUUGUUGGAAAACUCAGCCCAAAAAGAGCAACUGUUGCGGGUAGUGCUGGCCACUUCGCACACCAGCAAACCCGUCUCUUUGCUCGAGCAAUGCAGCCAAUUGCUGCAGCAAGCGAACUGCAAGUUCCAGAGCAAAGUUGGCCUGUUGAUGCUGCUGUCCGUGUGGCUGAGUCACUGUCAGCUCGCCGUCCGUACAUUCCUCUUGAUACCGGGUACCGUGGCGUACUUGACGGGACAGAUAUCGGCCAACGAACACGGGGACAACGAGUAUCUCGUGCAGGGUUUGUGCGCGUUUCUGAUGGGAAUCUGUAUCCAGUUCAACGAUAACAGCGUGCAGGAGCACCAACGUGAGUUCCUCUGCCAGCUGCUGAUUAAACGAAUUGGCAUCGACACGUACAACAAGAAACUGGGUGAGGUCUCCAAGCACGAGAACUAUAGCAAGUCGGCCAAGCAGCCACAAAUUCGCAUUGCGGCCACCACUGAUUUGCUGUUAGAUUACGAGUUUUGUCGCUUGUUCAAAGCGCUGGAAGCGGCCAUCACCAAAACCGUGCAAGGUGUUAGUACCGGUGGAGAGAACAUUACAGAACUGACACUCAGCCAGGAGGCGUCUGGAUUGGUAGCACAGUAUAAGGACAUUAUACGCGAACAGGACAGCGUACUGCAAGAACUUCGAAAACAGUUAUCGCAAGCCGAAACCAAGGUGAACGAACUAUCUGGGGCACUUGAGCAGUCGCAGUCCAGUAACGGGCAGUUGCAGGAUCAGAACAUUUUGCUGAAGGCGCAACUGCAAGCGGCAUCAGAUUUGCGUCAACAAAACACCUCCUUAGCGUCUUCCCCGUUGCACACCGAUAGGGCGAAGCUUUCUUACUACGAGGCUGAAAACAGUCGCCUACUGAGCGAGUUAGAUCAGUUGCGGACACGAGUAAACGCGGCGGAAGGUAGGGCUAACGCAUCCAGUGGCGAAAUGGAUAAGCUGCGGAAAGAUCAGGAAGAUCUGCUGGAGCUACUGACCGAUCAGGAGAACAAACUCCAACGCUAUCGAAUGGAGCUAAAACGGGUGACUGGGCAAUCGUUCGAUGACGAAGAAGACGAUGAAGAUGAGUUGGGGCAGGAAGCACUAAAACCAGCGACAAGCAACGGAACCUCAACAAGUGAGGCUUCUAGUCAGCACCCCGGAGGAUUUUUGUGUUAACGUAGUUCGGUUGCA